UGAGGCAUUGAUCGUUCGUUCAGCCUUAAAUAAUUUUUAUUGUAAACGGACUAGAUUUUUUUUAAUCGUUAAAGCAGAAGAAGAGUAACGCGCUUUCAUUUCAAUCAAUAAACGCUAAAAAUGGUUGUGAAUCAAUAAGUUAAGUGGUUUAAUAAAAAAAAACAAAAAUAAAAAAAAUUAUAAAUAGAAAAAAAAAGCUUUUCACUAUAGGAGAAAAAAAGAAAUUAUUGAUAAUUUAAUCGCUAAAAAAAAUUUUGCUAUCAAAAUCCAAAUAUUUAAUCAAAAAUAAGUUACUUAAUAAUAUUUUGUAGUCAUUAAUUAUUUUUUUAAAAAAAAAAGUAUAUUGUUAAGUAAAAAUAGUUUAAAAUCAUUAAAUGAUUUUUUAUUGAAAAAUUUUUAAAUGUACGAAUAACCAAAGAAAUUGUGGAUCAAAUUUAAAAUUUUUGAAAACAGAAAUUGGAUUACAAAAUGAUUUAUAUAGAUGACAACGACCCAGAGGGUGUUUUGGAACCAUAUUUUCCACCACGAGAUGUUGCAAUCAAAUACAACACAAAUCCAAUAGAUUUUUAUGACACGAUUGAAGAAAUUGGAAGAGGAAAAUUUGGCACAGUUUAUAAAUGCAGAGAAAAAUCGACAGGUUUAAAAUUGGCAGCAAAAUUUAUACCAAUACCAAAACGUGAAGAUAGACGUAAUGUUGAACGUGAAGUUGAAAUAAUGAACUCAUUGCAACAUCAUUUAAUUAUACAGUUAUAUGCAGCUUUUGAAUAUCAGAAGAUGAUGUACGUUAUACAAGAAUUAGUUGAAGGUGGUGAACUAUUUGACCGUGUAAUUGAUGAUGAAUUUGUUUUAACCGAAAGGACAUGUACAGUUUUUAUGAGACAAAUAUGUGAAGCAAUGCAAUUCAUACAUUCGAAAUAUAUUUUACAUUUGGAUUUAAAACCGGAAAAUAUUUUAUGUUUAACAAAAGAAGGAAAUCGUAUUAAAAUUAUUGAUUUUGGCUUGGCCAGAAAAUAUGAUCCAGAUAAGAAAUUACAAAUCCUUUUUGGUACUCCAGAAUUUGUUGCCCCAGAAGUUGUAAAUUUUGACUGUAUAUCUUAUGGGACCGAUAUGUGGAGUGUUGGUGUUAUUUGUUAUGUACUGUUAUCAGGUUUAUCACCAUUUAUGGGUGAAACAGAUCUUGCUACAAUGGCAAAUGUUACAGUUGCUAAAUAUGAUUUUGAUGAUGAAGCAUUCAAUAAUGUGUCACCAGAAGCAAUGGAUUUUAUAUCAAAAUUAUUAGUUAAAGAACUCGAUGAACGAAUGUCAGCAACAGAAGCAUUAGAACAUAAAUGGUUAAAGAGACCUCCUAAACCAGCGGUUAGUCCAAAACCAAAUAUAGUGCCGCCAAUAAAGUUUAAAACAUCACCACCAUCACCAAUGACUAUUACAGAUGAUAUUAAGGAAAGUCUAAAUGAAAAGGAAUUAGAACAAACAAAGGAUAACUUGAAAAGUUUCAUUGAAAGAUGGGAAGAGCAUCCAAAUAGUCCAUAUGUCUUUGAUUCUGAAUCUAAUUUAAUUGUUCCAUUAAGAGAUAACAACUCAGACAGUAUUAAUUCUUCAAGAGCAUGUUCUCCGUCACCAUGUGAAUCAAUAGUUAGUUUAACAGAACAAGAAAUUAAUGCAAGUAAAGAAGAUUUAUCAAAUAAAACAUUAACACCAUCAUCAACAACAACAUCAUUCAAUUUACAACGACAAUCUAGUUUAAUGGAUAGUUUUAAUAGUGAUAACGAUAAUUUAACACCAUCAAUUCAUAAAACUCAAGAAAUCGAUAAUGAUUCAUCACAAAGAUUUAAUCAAGAUUUUAAAGAAUAUUUACAAUCAUUUGAACGUCGUAAUUCUGAUACAAAUUAUUUAUUAGGACGUAAAUCUAGUGGUGAAAGAGUUAAUUUAGCUGAUGAAAUUAAAAAAUUAUCAGAACAUUUAUUAAUGUUAGCUGAAAUUAAUAAUAAAUUAGGUCAAGAAGAUGACACUAGUGAUGAUAAUAAAUCUGUUAAUUUAAAAUCUAAUGAAAAUAAUAAAAUAAUAAAAGAAUCUAAUGAUGAUAUAACAGAAUUUAAUAUAGUUUUACCAAAGAGAAAUACUCAAAAUACUACAAUGAAUUAUAAUAAAAAACCAUUAAUUGAAAAACAAAAAUCUUUAAAUUCAGAUCUUCCAAAAUUAAAACCACAAUUUGAUCGUCAAAAUACAAUUUCAUCAACUGCAACAAAUGACAGAUGGUCAGUAAAAACAAAUAAUUAUACACUUGUAAAGUCUCCAACAAUUACUAGUCAAAUGGCAAAUACUAAUAUCGUAAAUAAAAAUAAAUCAUCAACAUCAUCAACAAUAAAUAAUAAAUUAAAUACAAUAACAAGUAGACAAUCAACAUUACAAUCUGAAGAUGAUGAUUAUUCAACAUCUUCAACAUUAAGUGUAGGUUCAGUUACAGCAAAAGAUGAUCCAAAUCUUAUUAAUCACACUAUUAUAAAUGAUAAAUCUCAAUUAUCUUGGAAUAAUGAAAGACGUUUAUCUGAUACACAAAAUGCUGCUUUAACAAUAUCAAAAUUCGUUCAAAUAUCGCAGGGUAAAGAGAAAACAACACAAUCAUCAAUUGCACAACAUUAUAAAGAACAACAACGACAUCAAGAACAACAAUAUCAACAACAAAAACAACAACAACAAAAUAAUUUAAUAAAUAAUCGAAGAAUUAGUACUCUAUCAGUUCUAUUACACCAAUCAAUUGAUAAUGUACCAAGGCUUACAAACGGUACUAAAGAAUAUGAUGACCAAUAUGGAAAACAAUCGAGACCAUAUUAUCAAAAUCAAUAUCAAAAUGAUCAAUCAAUUUUAAUGAAUGGAGGAGCACAAAGUAGUUCAUCAUAUGAAACAUCUUUAAUAAAUGAUAAUAAAAAAAAUAUUACUUCAUCAAAAUUCUCUCAUAUUAAUAAUGAUUUAACGAAAACUAUGACCAAUGGUUAUAGUGGUUAUAGUAGUUCUACAUCAACAAAACAAGUAACAUCAAUUAAAGAAUCAAUUGAAAAUAAUAAAGAUCUAAGUGAAAAUAUUCAAUCAGCUUCACAUAUUAUUAAUAGUGGUAGAACACAAAGACGAAUGUCAUCAUCAAUUGCUAGUAUUUUUGAAAAAUUCUCAGAUAAUAGUAAUAAUAUGAACAAUAUUGAUACAGAUGAAUUAAAUUCAACAAAUCAAUUCCGAAUAGGUGUACCAUGGGCAAUGCAUACAAAGAAACGUACAAAGUUUCGUAUUAAUGAAACUAGUCGUGAUGUACCAAUUGGAUCACCAAAUAAACAUCAAACAUAUAAUUUAGAAGAAGCAGCAACACAAACUAAAGACUGUUUAUUACAUCUAUUAGAAAAAUAUAAUGAUACUAAAGGUAAAAGUAGUAUGAGUACUGGUGGUGGACAUAGUGGCCGACAUCAAAGUAUAAGCGUUGAUUGGAGUUUUUCGCAAAAUUUAGAAAAUCAAACAAUGAGUUCAAUUAAUACUUUCUUUCAGAGACAUGCUAUCGCUGGCGGUACUGUUAGAAAUAUUCAAGCACAAUUAGAAUCUAAAAAUAGUCAUGAAGGUGGGGAAUAAAACGAAAUUUAAAAUUAUCCUCUUUUUUUUUGUAAUAAAUGUUUAAUUUCAUUGUUAUUUUUUUUUAUUCCUUUGUUAUGUAAAUUAAAUUAAUUAUAAUAUUUUUGCUUUUUCUUGUAAAUUUAAUUGUAAUUAAAUUAAAAAAAAUUAGAAAAAAAAACAUUUCAAAUGAAUGUUGAUAUUAUUAUGUAAGUAUGUACAUAAAUAAAUACUUCAGAAGCGUUACCUAAUAUGUAAAAUUGUAAAUGUACUCUUAAAGCAAUGCUUUAAAAAAGUAUUGCAUACACUUCGGAUGAUGAACCAAAUAUUAUUUUGAGAGUCACUGAUUACAUAAUUUCGUUAAGAAACUUGAUUGUGCUUUAAUAUUUUAAUAUUGAAAUUGGCUAUGUUGAGAAAAAAAAGGAUAAAAAAUUUUUAUUAAUUAGAAUUUUUUUAAUUUCAAUAGUAUAAAAUUAUUUUAUAAAAAUUGUAUAAAAUGUUUAUAUAUAUUUAUUUAAAUUUAUUUAGUCACCUAUUUUAUAAGUUUAUUCUUAUUUUACCUUAUAGAAAAAAUUGUAAAUUUUAAUUUUCAAAUUAAUUUAAU